AUGAGUCACGACGUUUUAAAAACCAUUUCCAUUAAAAACGAAGUAGGCCCAAACAUUGAUUUUUUAUUAACGGAUAAAGAUAUAGUGAAAUCGGAGGACAAAAUUUCUAAUAUAAAUGAUAGGGUCCAUUUGAAUGCUGACGGUACAAAAGAAGCAGUUAAGGAUCGUAUUCCAAAAUACAAAUGCGGUAGCUGCUUGAAGUCAUAUAAAGUAUUUGGUAUGCUUAAAAAACAUUUAGCUGUGUGCUAUUUGAAUAGUAGUUAUCACUCUCGAAAAGCAGAAAUGAUAAAAAAUAUACAGAAAAUCGAAGAGGAUGCGGUUAAACUAGAGAAGGAGAAUAUAUGCUUUUGCUGCGGUGAAAGUUAUGAUACAUUUCAUAGAGGUCAUAUAUAUUGCUCUGAUUGCCCAAAUUCAUUUAAAACUCAAAUAAGUUACGAACGACAUGUUUUUAUAACGCAUUCGGAAGUUGAUAAAUUUCCUUGUUCCAAAUGUGAAGCAAAAUUGCGUACAGCUACGCUACUGAAGUUACACAAAAAGCAACACACAACUUCUGAAAGAUUGCAUAAACGUGCACAUACAAGAAAGGAACCUUUUAUUUGCGACUUUUGUGAGAAGAAAUGUUUUUCACCGGGUGAAUUGAAAAUACAUCGUCGUUGUCACACCGGUGAAAAACCCUACGCAUGCACUGAAUGCAACCAAACAUUUUCUACUAAGAGCUCACUUAAUCGACAUUUGAGACGGCAUACAGGUGAAAAGCCCUACACUUGUACUGAAUGUGAAAAAAGUUUUGCUAUUAAGCACGCACUCAAUCGUCAUAUGGAGCGUCAUAUUGGUGAUAAGUCACAGUAUGAACACAUAUUAAAAACUAAUAAGAA